AGGUAUAAAGGUUUGGAGGUUGGAUGCUGGAGACAGAUAGGUAGAGAGGAAUCCUCCAGAGAGAUCCAGACAUCAUGUCCUCCUCCACAUCGGUGUUGCUGCAUCUGCUGCUACUGGUCUCCCUGGCUUCAGCGGCACACUUCUAUGGAGGCUCCAUGUCUGUCACCCCCAAAGGGAGGAACGCCGACGGAACAUUCAAGGUGGAUUUACGCUACAAGAAUACACAUGAUUGGUGUGAUUACUCUCGCUGGUAUUGUUCCUCAGGGAACUGCGGCUCUUCUAUCACAGAUGUCAGAGGCACAAUUGACAGCAGCAGCAGAGGACGGAGUGGUUACAACAACCAGUGGUGUGAAACUGAAACAGUCGAGACCAGAAACAUCCCCAGUGAUAAACCUUUUCAAUUGAUACAAAACAGCUGCUGUUGGAUCCCAACAGUAAACCGUCUUGGAUCUUGGAGCCUGGAAACACAAGUGGAUCUGGGAACGAGAUCUGAUACUGGUGAACCCAACAGAUCUCCAGUCACAGCCAUUCUUCCUUUCAUACGUGUUCCCCAGAACUGUCAGAGGUCCUACAACCUCAUGGCCUUUGACCCUGACGGUGAUCGUGUCAGAUGCAGAUACGGAUUGGUCAGACCUGAGUGCGAUAGGUGUGAUCAGCCUUCAGGUUUCUACCUGGAUCAGGGCUCUUGCUCCUUACAAUACGGCUACACUUCAACGAGUGGCGUCUACGGGUUUGAGCUGGUUGUAGAGGACUUUCCUAACCAACACAUCACCCUGUCCUACACCGAUGGCUCUAGUUCCUCCAGGGCACCGCUUCAUGCAGGGAGACGCCGACGCGCCAGCUACCUAACAGCCGUCUCCUAUCCCUGGUGGUGGAGCCAAACCACCACAGCUCCUUCUCCUUGGUGGUGGAGCCAAACCACCACAAGUCCUUCUCCUUGGUGGUGGAGCCAAACCACCACAGCUCCUUCUCCUUGGUGGUGGUGGAGCCAAACAACCACUGUCGCCCCCUGGCCCACUACCACCACCACCCCGCCCACUACCACCGCCCCCUGGCCCACUACAACCACCCCCUGGCCCACUACCACCACCACCACCCCGCCCACUACCACCACCAGGCCCACUACCACCACCACCACCCCGCCCACUACCACCGCCCCCUGGCCCACUACAACCACCCCUGGCCCACUACCACCACCCCUGGCCCACUACAACCACCCCUGGCCCACUACCACCACCGCCCCUGGCCCACUACAACCACCCCUGGCCCACUACCACCACCCCCUGGCCCACUACAACCACCCCUGGCCCACUACCACCACCGCCCCUGGCCCACUACAACCACCCCUGGCCCACUACCACCACCCCCUGGCCCACUACAACCACCCCUGGCCCACUACCACCACCACCACCCCGCCCACUACCAUCGCCCCUGGCCCACUACCACCACCCCUGGCCCACUACAACCACCCCUGGCCCACUACAACCACCCCUGGCCCACUACAACCACCGCCCCCUUGCCCACUACAACCACCACCCCUGGCCCACUACUACCACCGCCCCUGGCCCACCACCAUCCCACCCACUACCACCACCCCCUGGCCCACUACCACCACCACCACCACCACACCCACUACCACCACCCCUUGGCCCACUACAACCACCCCCUUGCCCACUACAACCACCACCCCCUGGCCCACUACCACCACCACUAGGCCCACUACCACCACCACCAGGCCCACUACCACCACCACCUGGCCCACUACCACCACCACCAGGCCCACUACCACCCCAGGAAGCCUGUAUCCCUCCACUGCUCCCCUCAGCAAACUCCCUCUGCAUUUCUCUCUUCUGGUGGACUCUAGUGUUCCGUCCUGCGAUGAGGGUAUGUACCUGCCCAGGUUCGUGCAGCCGACACCACACAACGGAGAACAUCUCCAUGCCGAGGUCAACAAAGAGCUGGAGUUCAGGGUCAAGGCCGAGGCUACACACUCAACGUAAGAGACAUGAUACUCUAUAAUACAGUAUUAUACUCAGGAUUAUAUUUAUAGUGCUUGAACUCCUGGCUAUAACAGGUCAUCCUGGCUGUAACAGUGU